AUGGCAGUGGUCACAAGAUGGAACGCUUGGAGGCCCCUCUGGACCUCGUCGCUGGUGCACAAGAUUAGCCCCGCUUCGCAAAUCCAUUACGUCCUGUUCGAGCACAUUUUCGGGGACUACCUUUGGGCUACAAGCCCAAAAAAGACACUUAAACAACUGAAGUACCGGUUUUUCGCACACGACAUAUCUCUGGACCUGUGUGCUGCCGAUCCCGUCUGUGCCAUGCACUGCUUGGAGAACAGGAGCAUCGAUGAUGGGCCUCUGUCAGACAUUCCUGAAAACGUUAAUCGCCUGAAACAGAACGCGCCUCGCAUGCUGCGAAUGUCUCUGCAGAGUCUAGGCUUUGCCAAAGCUGAGAAUUAUCGUAUGAUGAACUACUCCCCGAUGAAGACUAGGCUUCGGCGGUGUUUCAAGUACGCCCACGACCCGGAAACGGUCGCCAAAAAUAUGUCGGAGUUUGGCUUACCAAAGACGACCGCAAACUCGACGGGAGAUUCUUCAGGCUGCCAUGGACAAGAAGGGGCUGGACAUAAGAGACGAUGGCGUGCUGGCCUCCAGUUUGCAAAGAUCAUCAUGUUGGUCAGAGGGGAGGGAAAGGCAAACAGCGUCAGCGACGCAAGGUCGAGGAAGAUCAAGUUGGACCCGACCCCCGAGUGGAAGGAGCGGUUGCGGAAGUGGAUGGGGACGGCGAGGUGGACGUACAACCGUUGCCUUGACUUCUUGAACAGGAAGAAGUGCAGGAUGAACAAGACAAACUUCAGACGGAAGGUCGUCGGUGGCUGGAACCACGGUGACGCAAAGAAACGAACAGGCAAGAAGAAGAAGAAGCGCGGCAAGAAUCGUGGAAACUGGUCUAAGCCAAAAAAGACCUCUAAGAGAGACUGCAAAACGUCGUGGGUGCUGGAAACACCGUUCGAGAUAAGAGAUUCUGCAAUGGUCGACCUGUACGACGGGAUCGUAACAAACCUGAAGAAAAGAGAGAAGAACCCUACCCACACUUUUUCGAUGACCUUCAGGGCCCUGGAUCCUGGUGUUAGGACCUUCAACACCGCUGUCGACUCCAAGGGAAACGUCACCGAAUUCGCAUCGGGUGAUGUUACGAGGAUCUAUCGUCUCUGUCAUCACAUGGACAAGCUGCAGUCCAAAGCUUUUAACAAGGCAACCCCGAGCAGGAAACGAUACAACCUCCGGAAAGCUUGGCAGCGUGCUAUCAAGAGGGUGAAAGACCUGGUCAUGGAUGUGCGGAACAAGACGGUAAAACAUCUUUGCAAGAACUGUGAUUUGAUUUUUCUACCCCAGUUGAACACCAAGGAGCUGGUUACCUGAGCCAAACGUAGGAUAGGCAAGGGUACUGCUAGGGGAAUGAUGACUUGGUCUCACUACUCGUUCAAGGAGUUGCUAAUAAACACGGCACUCCGGGAAGGAACGAUGGUGGUCAUCGUGACGGAAGAGUACACAUCCUAGACUUGUUCGUACUGCGGAACACUUCACCACACCCUCGGUGGGUCCAAGAUCGCCAGAUGUCCUUCGCGCAGAUGGGUCAUGGACCGAGACGAGAACGGGGCAAGAAACAUUCUUCUCAAGAGCUGCAUGGAAAAUUAGUUGACUCUGUCAUGGGUUGAAAACAUUUGCCCACAAAAUACAGCGCCCUGAAGGGGUAGAAGGGCUUUGGGGCCUACCCCUGGAUGUCCAUAGAAGGGUCCAGCAACGGAAUCAUAGAUGAUGUAGGACAGGGUGAUGGCGGUCGGAUCAGGGUAAUUGGGCUGUCCUGUUCGUCCGUGCGCCACGGUUCGAUGCCGUCCGCAUGCUGUUAUACUUGGUAUUCGGGUGCUGUUGAUGACCAAUUACCCAAUCCAAUGCAGAGCGAUGUGGCUCUACACUAACGGUUCUUGUGCUAGGUUCGAGGUUCUUGUCAGUGGGUUGCUCUAUGUCUCGGGCGGAUGUCGCCGAAGAUGCUAGAUGAAAGACUCAAAGACCGGGGAUGAUGGAUGAUGCUUUUGAAGAGGAAACUUUGUCGUUGAUCCUGCUCGCUGCUGCACUCAACUCAAGCCGAUCAACACUGCUGCUGCUCGACCGUACUUCUGCACUCACUUGCUGGAACCAACCACCGCUUCAAACUCUGUCAACGCACUGGUAACCGGAUACUCAAGCUCGCCUUCUGCUCCUUGCCCUGGUA